AUGAUCUCGCUCACAGACUCGCAAAAAAUUGGGAUGGGGCUGACAGGUUUUGGGGUGUUCUUCCUCUUCUUUGGGAUGAUGCUGUUUUUCGAUAAAGCUCUUCUAGCCAUCGGGAAUAUCCUGUUUGUGUCCGGUCUUUCCUUUGUCAUUGGACUGGAAAGGACGUUCAGAUUCUUUUUCCAGAGACACAAAGCUAAAGCCACCAGUUUCUUCCUGGGAGGAGUGUUCGUGGUGCUGAUCGGGUGGCCCAUUAUAGGAGUAGUGCUGGAGAUAUACGGGUUCUUCCUUCUGUUUAGGGGGUUCUUCCCUGUGGCUGUCGGCUUUAUCAGGCGUAUUCCUGUCCUUGGAUCUUUGCUUAGUUUACCCGGAAUACGCUCUCUCGUCGACAAAAUCGGAGAGAGCAAUGCCAUGGUAUAA